UAUUUCCCAAGAGUCAUUUGAGUAAGUAUGAAUUGGUACCAUGUCGAAUCAUGACCAAAUUGGAACAACGUCUGCCUAGUAGUGUGUGCAAGUUUCAACUCCAUCUUUCGUUAUUGUAUGUAGAUAUUUGUGAAUAUUAUGGUAAUUAUCCCGCGUAAACCUAUUAUUUCGCUAAUUGUUCUACAAUAAGUUUUAUUUGGUGGGUAUAUACCCACCACUUAAGCAAAGCAAAAGUCAGAGCCCUGAAUUGGAAACUUUAGAAUGCCCGUUUGUUUGUUCAAAUACAUUAACUAUUUUGAACCCAGAAAUAAUUGCAAACUACAUUAUGUAGUCUGAUCGUUCAUUUGAUGAUAGCCCUGAAAAGAACCGCUGUCAGUUUUGCUUGGUUACUUUAGUCAGCUAACAUGCCUGAUAUGUACUAUCCUAUUGCAUUUAAAGGACUGUUUUCUACCAACAGAAAUGAUUGAAGUCACAUGUAAUGAUCGUCUUGGAAAAAAAGUACGGGUCAAGUGCAAGUAUCCUUUUGAAGACAUAAAUAGGAUAAUGGAAUCCUUUUACUCUGACUCCUAAUAUCAGUAUGCAUAUUCUCAAUACUUUUCUUGAUAUAUUUCCGUUGGUGCUGACAAGGAGAAUUGGUUUUACAAUUAAGCUAAUUCACUUUAAAGCUUCUUAGGUUGGCUUACUGUAAUUUGCAAAAUGAAAUGAAACAAAACAAAACAAAAUGAAAUUCUGGAAUUUGUAUAAUGGAAAUAUGCUAAUUUUGCUUAAUAGAAAUCUGGAAUUUGCUAAAUGGAAAUAUGCUAAUGGUUUGCAAAAUAGAUUUUGAAAAUUUCAUUUGAUUGAUAUUUUCAUUUUGUUUUGUUUUGCAAAUUACAGUAAGCCCCAAGGUUGGUGAUAAUUUCCUUUGUUCUCAUGAUCUCAUUGAAUGACUCGGCAGUAUUACUGUGAGGAGAAACUAGAUGCUGGUCAUUCUUAUUCAGUUUACAUUUUUUAAUAAAUUUGAAAAAGUCAUUGGAUUGGAAAGGUCAGAGGUCAACGAGAGAGAUGGCUGUAAUUUUUGAGUUUCGAUAAAUUUACAGUGAAUUUAGCUUAUCAAAGCUGCGUUUUCCUCUAUUUUCUUCUUUUCUCACAUUAUAAGUUGUCCCAAUUCAUCUAUGAACCAUUAUGAGAGAUCUAACAGCAGAAGAAUUCAAGAAUUUGUUGGAGAAGUCUUUAUAGCCUCUAUGCAAAUUGAUUGAUGAUGUGAAGAAGUCUAUUGCCACUGCGAACUCUUAUUAUAACCAACUUCUAGCAAAAAUGUCAACCUACAAAAAAGGAAUGACAGAACUGGUUAAUGAGAACAAGAGUCUGAAAGCUGGGCUCCUGGAUACUGGAUAAAAAUGCUUUGAGCAUUAUCCUUUUGUCCAAUAAAAUGUCUGGACUUAUGUUGGACUUGAUGCAGUAGAAUAACAUUUCUCUGUCAGUUACUCUGUCCUAUGGGGUUUUAAGUUCAUUCUUGUUAUGCAGUCUAACUGAGCAUAAUUUCAUGCAUGAUUUAAUUUACAUACAUGAUGACAUUGCCAAACAUAUGGCUAGGAUUUUUCUUGAGUCUGUGUGUAGUCCAGAUGAUACUGUUGGAGAUUUAAAGAAACUAAUCUCUGCACAGACGGGAACCAAAUGGGACAGAAUAGUGCUAAAGAAGUGGUAAGUAUGCUCAUUAUUUCUCUUUAUACUGUUUCUUUAUACAGCUGCAUCAUGCAUAUAUUUUGAUUGGUUCUUGCUAAUCAUCUUUUGAAGGUCAGAUACAUCAACUGAAGAUGACCUUACCACUAACAAUUUUUUGCCUCCUUAUUAUUUAAACAAGUACAUUCUACGUCGCCAUGGAUCUGUUCAGUAAUAGAUUUUUGAAGGCAUAAAAUGUGGUGAGUACAUCAGUUACACACUCAGUUACACCUUAUAUGCAAGUUUUUUGUUCUCAGGACAUUUUGACGUCAUCUGUGAUCUAUUACUGAACAGACACAUGGCAUCAUGGAAUCUGCAGGUAAAAUGGUUCCACUUCUUGAAUAGUCAGAAUUUGGAAAAAUUCCCUAUAAUUUGAUUAUUAUCAAGAACCUGUGUUGAUUAGCUUAAGAUACAAAUAUGAUAACUUUUUGUAAAAUAUUGUGAAAACUUUCUACUAAAUUACCUUGCAGGUAUACCAUCUUUAAGGAUCACAUUACACUUGAAGACUGUAUCUUUUGAUACAAAUUCUUUGUUUCACAGAUUUAAAUCUAAACUAGCAACAGUUGUUAUAUUUAUGCUUUAUGUCCCACCAACUGAGGUUGGCUUUGGGCUAGAAAUCCAAUAGUAAAAUCAUUUUGCAAAGUCACCCCCUAGUCAGUCAAAGGUAGUAAUCAACACCUAUUCCCCUCUUAUUCUUCCCAAUUUUACAUCAAGAGCAAAAUUUCCCAGCAAAUUUAUAGAGGGUGAAGGUACUGUUGCUGCGAACAGUGACUAACCAUGUAAAAACCUAAAACCUUUUAUCCAAAAUCCUUCAUGAAGGCUUCAAGAAAACUCACAUCAAAUGUCACAGUGUUUAAUGCAACAUCAAGACCAAAAAUCAAGAAAAACUGAACAAUAUUGAGAGGUUUUAACUUGGGGCAUGCACAAAAAACUUAGAUGUCCCGUAUGGGAACCCAGAUAAUGGCUGUGCGUCAACCAGCUGCAACAGGUACUCUCUUGAGUAACUUGUGGUUAAGAGUUUUAUUUUCCCAAUCAAGAAACAGACUGAACAAGAAGGGUUCAAACAAAAGUUCAAACAUUUAGUUUCAUGUUUUUUAUUUACUGAAUUGUGUAUUGCAUCUGUAUGAAUAAUUAUCAUUAACAACUCAGAGAAUUUAAUAAUGUUAAUUGUGUUUGAAAAAAACUGUGAGACAUUCUUUUGCAUUUCCUUAAUGCACCACCUUAGAUGAAAUCCAUGAUGGAAUGAACUUAGAGUUGUAUUAUAACUAA